UUGCCGUAUGUUUAGAACAGAGAAGCGCAAACUACCAAGCACCAGCAAAGAACCGAUGGAAAUCGCCAAGACGGACUGCGGCGUCGAACUUCCAAGCAAAUGAAUGGGUAGCAGGGAAGAGCGAUGAGCUGAGACGAACUGAAGAAGUGGAGAAACUUCCUUGCUCUACCACUACUUCAGCCCUUCGUUAUCUCAGAACCCCAAAUUGAGGUGUUCACAUCGCAAGAAAACACAAAAUGGGGCAGUAUUUUUUGAGAGCAUCAGUGCGCAAUACAGGGAUGUUUAGGAUGCAAAGGAAAAGCGGUUCAGUAUAAUUUGGUAGGAAAUUGUAGAAAUGCAAACAUUAAAGACUGUUGCAUUCUCCAAUGAACCUGUUCUUGAACCACUUAAGCUCAUUGCUCCAGAGUUGCAUGAAACUGAAACUGCUCCCACAAAGCAAGCAAAUUCAUGCGGUAAUGUUAACAUCCUGCCUAGAUGUGAAUAUUCUGCCACUGAAUUCAAAGCUUAUUGGUGUCUAUGCUAGUUGUGGAGACUUAGGUUCUGCUGAGUUGAUCUUCCAAAGGACACAAAAUCCAAAUAUCUUUGCAUUCAAUUGGAUGAUCUCAGCUCUAACAUUCAAUGGCUACCAAGAAAAAGCUAUCGGGUAUUUGUCCAUGCUCCAAGAAUCAGGGAUUACUGUGAAUAAGUACACCAUUUCUAUAGUAUUGAAAGCCUGUUUGGGAUUGAAGGAUUUAAGGAAAGGAAAGGGAGUUCAUUGUGUGAUAUACAGGUUCGGGUUUCAAGUAGAUUUACCAAUUGGGAAUGCAUUACUUGACAUGUAUGGUAAACUGGGGAAUAUGCGCUAUGCACAUUUGUUGUUUGAUAAAAUGUCUGUCAGAGACGUCGCAACCUGGACAUCACUGCUAUAUGGGUAUUCUAUCAUGGGAUGUAUCAAAGAGUCCCUUAAUUUGUUUGAAAGAAUGAAGUUAGAUGGCUUAAAGCCAAAUGAAUUCACUUGGAAUAUCAUCAUAUCUGGCUAUGCCAGGAGAGGAGAUUAUAAUGCUGCUUUCGGCUUGCUAUCUAUGAUGAGUCAAGAGGGGUUGGAAUCCGAUUUGGUGACCUGGAAUGCAAUGAUUUCGGGGUUCAUCCAAAGCCACCAUUAUGGUGAAGCUUUUGCGCUGUUCCAAGAAAUGUUAUCUGCUGGUCUAAACCCAAAUGAGAGCACCGUCACCUCGCUUCUUACAAUGUGUGGAUCGAUUGGCUCAGUUAAGACAGGGAAAGAAAUCCAUGGUUCAAUGUUCAGAAUGGGGAUUAAAAUUAAUGCCUACGUUUCUAGUGCCCUUGUGGAUAUGUAUGCAAAAUGUGGCCGUGUCAAAGAUUCUUGGAAUGCAUUUAGAACAGCUCCCUUCAAGAACUCAGCAUCAUGGAAUUCCAUUAUUGGAUGCUAUGGAAAGCAUGGCAUGGUAGACUCUGCAAUAGAACUAUUUGAGAAGAUGCAAUGUGAAGGAGUGCAGGCAACCGAACUCACUUUCACUUCUCUUCUUUCUGCAUGUAGUCACAAUGGAUUAGUUGAGAAAGGUUUGGAUAUUUUUAGAUCCAUGGAAGCGCUCUAUAGCAUUCCGGCAAAGAAGGAGCACUAUGCAUGUAUUGUUGAUCUACUUUGUCGUUUUGGUUGGAUGGAGGAAGCUUAUAGUAUCAUAAUACAAAUGCCAAUAGAGGUUACAGAUUCGACUAUAGGUGCCUUCUUAAAUGGUUGUAAGGUUCAUGGGAGGAAAGAUCUUGUUGACAUGAUGGCUAAGAAAAUUCCUACUAUGGAGUUGAGAAGAUCGGGGAGUUUUGUAACCCUCUCAAAUGUUUAUGCAGCUCAAGGAGAGUGGGAAAAUGUUGAAACAGUGCGGGAAGUGAUGAAGUACAAAAGUUUCAAUAAGAUGCCUGGUUCCAGUUGGGUGUCCGGUGUAGACGACAUGUCAAAAUAAUGAGGUAAUCCCUAUGUUCUCUGUCCCUUACUUUUGUCCCAUUUCAGUUCAUCUCAAAGUUUUAGUUUCAUACCAUAUUUGACAAUACUUAUGCGGCUCAGUGUAAACAUAUUUCACCCAUUCAAAUGGAAGCAUACAAAUUUACCUAAUAUUCCUCAUUUGUGCAUGCCAAGUGUGUUUCAAUUUUUGGUACAUCAGAGGGUAGGCAGAUGUAUUGGCAGAACAAAUACGGUUUUGGUAGACCUGUUGAGAACAAAAAAGAUCAAAUUUGGGAACCGUACAAGUGAAUAAUGAAUAACCCUCUCUUUCAGAUUCUCAUACCUGCAUCUCAAGAUUGAAGCAUCUAUGAAACUCCGUCUUUCAUGGCCUCGCCACAAGCUUCUCAACCUUCUCUAAGUCUAAGAAUCUACUUAAGUUGGCAUUCUCCCUCAACUUUCUCUAUAGUUUCUAUCUCCAUCUCUGGUAACAUACCAUAACAACAAAUGUAUCCACUAUCUAAAAUCUCAUCGAUUAUUUUCUUGGCCUUCCAGAUUCAAAUGAAACCCAAUUUUUUAGUUUAAGACCAAAUAUUGUAUUUUGACAGAAGUUAAAUUUAAGUAUGCAGACUAGGUUUCUAAUAUUCUUUGGUUCUAUAUGUUUUAAACCAAUCUUGUGGCAAGAGGUAAACUAUGAAGUUAUGACACAUUUCAACAAAUUCCACAUCGUAUUCAUCAUCAUUAACCCAGUGCCGCAAAGGCUCCCACCUACGGUGUGGUAAGGGGGUCGGAUGUACGCAGCCUUAUCCAUGUACUAAAGCACAUAGAGACUGUUUUUGGAUGAUUCAUAGUGAAAAUCGCGCCGAAAAUUACAUGGACUGGCUGCUACUACGUACUUCACAACAAAAAGCGCAGACAGUUUGAUGAGCCGUUUUGCUUUAUUCCAUCACAUUCUCAAGCCAAAAAAUAGUGUGUCUUUGGCUUCAUUGCAAAUGAUGGAAUAAUUCCACAUCGUAUUAAUGAUUGCAAAUAUGCAUGCAUAAUUAAAAUCGCACCGAAAAGAGCAGUAACAAGAGGAACCAAAGUUCAUCUAUUAACAAAUUGAUGAAUAAAAUUAGGAAAAAUUCACAUGAAUAAUCCGAACUAUUAGCGGUCUUCCCAAAUUAAUUUAACCUAUUAGUAAUUUCAAUAUAAUCUAAACUAUAAUGGAUAUCUUCUUAAAAUAAACCGGUGACCUGCAUAAACCAAAUCAGCAGGUCACCUGUACACGGGUCGUAUGAUUAAUGGUUCUGUUUGCUUUCCCUUUUUCUUUGCUAUCAUUAUUUUCUUUUCCUUUUUGCAUUCGUUCCGCUAAAUGGUUUUAUUGUUCAUAGAUUGUUCAUCUUCCUUACUAAAAUGGUUUCACUAUUCUCGAACCAAUAGAAAUGCCAAAUCAGUUAAAGAAACUUCAAUCUCGAAGGAAAUAAUCCAAUGUAUUCAGCUAUUAGUUACUCCCUCCGUCCCGCUAACAAUGGAACAAGAGGAAGUGUCACGCAAAUCAAUAAAAAGUGGUUUAUGUGGUUGAUAUUGAAUUGAUAAAGUAAGAAUAAAGUAAGAAUUAUUUAGAGUUUGGUAUGAGACAAUCUUAGUGGGAUGAACCGAUAAGGUAAAAUGUGACAAUCCUAGCGAGACGGAGAUAGUAUAUAUCUUCAAGGAAGAUAUGACGCAGAUGGAGUCCUCUGUUGUUUCACAAUCUUAGUAGGUCAUCUUUUUCACUUUCUCGCCAGCAACCAUCGACACCCAAUUUAGAUAUGGGUGACCAAUUUAGAUCUAUUUAAAACCCACAAGAGGUAAUAGGUGGAUCUGUGGAAAGGAGAUUUCCAUUUCCAGAGGAAGGAGAAAAUUAUAGAAGAAAAAAGGAAUGAAAAAUUAUGGCUAUUCAGAAAGUGCAGGCGAGGAUGAAAAACGUGUGGAAGCAGCCGGCCAAGAGGAUCAAUCUGUUCACCUUUUUUCCUUUCUCAUUUUAGUAUUUUAACCUGCUGAAUAAGUUGCAGGUAACCUGGAUCAACUUGAGAGGACCCUUUAUAAAUUUCAGAUUAUUUUAGAAUUAUUUAUAUUUGGGAUUAAUAUUGGAAGAUCAUGAACAAUUGAGAUUAUUAAUGUGAAUUUUGCCUUAAAAAUAUGCACAAGAACUAAACUAGACAUGCAAAUAUGAGAUUACCAUGGGAUUGAACCUUUAAUUUUGCUCAUCCAUUAACAAAGCCAUGAGAGCAGGAGGUGAAAUAAGUAAUUGAGCAUUAAUGCCUGGAAAAUCCAGGCAUGUGCGGACUUCAGAGUUCAGAGUUAACGUUCUUCUUGAGACAUAUCUUUUCUUUUAGGGUGUGUUUGGGAGUUGAGUUUUGGAGGGGUGAAUGUUGGGGGUUUAUGACUUCUUUUCAUAUUUGGGAGUUUAUAAAAUUGUAGGCCAUGUUUGGUUGGAGGGUUUCGGAGGGGACGGCAGGAAUGUGGUAGGCUUUCAAAAUCCUCCACUUUCUCCCAUUCUAAACCCCCAAAUCGGGGUAUUUUGGAGGAAAUGUUUUGAUAACCACAAACUAUCCAUCUCCUACGAGAAUGAAUAAAAUGUUAUAAUAUAAAAAGGUAAAAAACAAAAAGUUUUGAAAAAUUAAAAAAUUAAAAAAUUAAAAAAUAAAGAAAUUAAAAAUUAAAAAAAUUAAAAAAUUAAAAAAAUAUUUAAAAAAUAAAAAAAUAAAAAAUUAAAAAAUUAAAUAAUUAAAAAAUAAAAAAAUAAAAAAAUUAAGAAAUUAAAAAAUUAAAAAUUAAAAAAAUUUAAAGAUUAAAAAAUUAAAAAUUUUAAAAAUUAAAAAUUAAAAAUUUUAAAAAUUAAAAAAAGUAAAAUUAUAUAUUAAAAAUUUUAAAAAUAAAAAAUAAAAAUUUAUAACAUAAAAAUUAAAAAUGAAAAAUUCCAAACUGAAAAAUGAAAAAUUAUAAAAUUAAAAAAGUAAAAAAUCAAAUAAAAUAAAAUUAUGACUCAUGACCAUAGGAGUAGUAUUCACAAUAGUUAGACAUGUAUCUAUUUUUUAAGUAAGUUAUCAAAUAAAAGUAAAUUGCGAAAAUAUUUUCAUUAAACCUUUCCUCUUAUUUCCUCCAACCAAACAUAAUUUUUUAUUAAAAUCCUUCCUUCCCCUUCCCUCCUCGACUCUCCCUUUCCCUCCCCUCCUUUGAACCAAACAAGGCCAUAGGGGAUGGUUUUGAAGGGCUUUCAUGACCUCCAAAGUCCUCUAAAUGUUCAAUUUUUUGUGACCCUCAAAGUCCUCAAUUAUUUGAAUUCGUCAUAUUUCAAAGUCAUUUUUAUUAUAAUUCAUUCAAAAACUCGUUUUUUCCAAAUUUAUUACUCCCAAAUACAAAAAAGAGUUUCUCACCCUUCCCUCCUUGCGCCCCUGCUUCUAAUCCUGUUGAACAAUAUGUGUUCAAGAAUGUUUUAUGUGAGUAGAAAAAACAUUAUUGUGUUCAAGAAGAGAAAUCGUAUUUAAAACUCAAUUGGGAAGUACUAUCACUUUGUAAACGAAUCAAAUAAUUUGUGCUCGAUUCACGAUUUGAAUUCGCAUAAGACGAUCCGAAUUCGGAAAAUUCAAAUACAAAUACAAAUAAGAAUAUUAAAUUUGUUAUCAAAUACAAAUAAGAAUAUCAGUGUAUUCGAUUCGAAUAUUAAUCAAAUAUAUUCAAUUAAUAAUAAUGAUAAUAUUAAUGUCAAUAUUAAUACUAAUAAUAGUAAUAACACCACAAUAACUUUUAAAAGAUAACAAUACCCUCAAAGUGUAGUCCAUAUAUACACUUUUGCAUACAGAUUCCAAGCUCAUUUGUAAUAAAUCAGAAUAUAAAUACGAAUAUAAAUCAAUUUUAUGGUUCAAAUGUCUUUCAAAUACAAUACAAAUAAUUAUGUAUUCAAUUUGAAGAAUAUAAUUGGAGUUAUUCAAUUUGAAGAAUAUAAUUUCUAAUAUGUGUGUGUUAGUGUAUAUUUCAAAAAGUUUGAAAUAGAUUUAUAUUUAUUAAUCAUAAAAUUAAUUCACUUUAGUAUAUUGUGUACCAUCUAAAAAUGCAUUGAUCCAUUAAACUUAAAUUCUAAAAACACACAUUAAGUCAUAGCAAGCAUUUACAACAUAAAAAACACGGAGUAUAAGAAAAGUUUUUUUAGAGUGAUAUUUGACUAAUAUUUUACUUAUACUCAAAUCGAUUCGAUAUUCGUAUAUAAUUCGUUAAUUAUUCAUAUUGUUAAACAAAUACAAAUACAAAUCAAAAUUAAUAUUCAUUUCAUAUUUGAAUUCGAAUUCGUAUUCGAAAAAAUUAAACAAAUACAAAUACAAAAUCUCAUUAUUCGAUUCGAUUCGUAUACAACCCUACUCUUUCAUUGAGUUAUAAUAAUGAGCAACUUGGUGACUAUUAGAGUAUUAGAGCUUGGGUUGGACAUGGUCCUAGUUCUGUACUAAGUUUGGCCCAUUAAAUUUUAGUCCAAAACAUAAUUAAAAUUCUAAUAUGAAAUCAGAAUGUGGGAACGACAAUGCGGUUUUAGUGAAUUCAUAUACGGGAUGAUAAAUGUCAUCUUGAUUAGGCAUAUUUUCUUUUAAAGAACCAAAUAUUUCUAUUUAGAACUAUCCAAGUGUGCACACAACUCUGUUUCUAUAUAGAGCCAGUAUAUGUACAUGAUUGACCCAUAUUUAAUACCGGUUGGCUAAAUUUCGGAAAAAUAUUCAAACCGCACACUUGGAGUAAAUAGGCUAAAAUUGGACCUGGCCUGGCCUAGUUUGAGUCUGUCUAUCCACCCCUUGAAAAAAGUUCUGGGUCGGCCUUUGGUUGCUUCUAUUUUAUCUUCAUGUUGUUGGUCAUCAUCUUAUUAAUCGUCACUAAAAUCUUCUUCCUCUUCCUCUUCCUCCUCACCAUCAAACUUCUCCGGUUUCCUUUCCUUCAUAUCAUUACUGCUUUUUUCAUUUCCACAUUUGGUUUUUUAUCCUCAAUCGAAGAAUUCAUCAAUUGAGCAUGUCUUAAACUCAUUUCCAUCCCAUGACACUUACCAACUAAAGCCCCUCUUAAGUAGAAUUGACUUGGAACCUGAUUGGAGACCCUGUUUUUUGGCUUAUCAGUCAAUUUUUUAACCAAACACGUAACUUUUGAUUUUGUGCGCUGAAUAAUGUAAUAAUCAAAAUAGGUAAGGUUGGCUGAAGUUACCGUAGAUGACCAUUUUAACUAUUUUAUAUUCACUUCAACCAGAACUUCAUAAAUCUCAGCAGAAUCAGCCGAUUCAGCCAAUUUCAGUGCUAUCAAACGGGCUCUUGAUAAUUUGAGAGAAUUUACUUCGCAAACUUUAAGUGAUUGUUGUAUGUCAAUUUGAGAUUUAUGUGAAACAUGGUAUGGACAUAUCCUACUCCUUGCAUCUCCAACUAUUUAUUACAGUCGUGAUGAAUCAUGAUGAGAAAUUGUCCAAUAUAGGAGUAAACAUAAACAUAAUUGCACAAAUAGGAGCAAAACUUAAAACUUCCUUUAAUAGGAGUAAACAUUAAUUUUGUACCCUUAAUAUCCCUAACCUAGUUAAUUCUAAAAUAUGACUUAUUUGAUCCUAUUUAAAAAAAUCUAAGUUCAUUCACCGGAAACGAUACCUUUAUGCAUCCAUCAAUAUUAAAAUAUGAAAAAUUAAAAAAGUUAUUUUUGUAAAAAUAAAAAACUUUAAAAAUAAAUAAAAAUAGAUAAAUUGUAUUAAAAAAUAAAAAAAAAGUAUGCAAGCCUUUCCCGUAGCCUCAAUCAUCACCCAGCAAUGGGAUCGGCAAAAAAAUGUCAUUUUAUGUAAAAACUGUCAUUUUUCUUUGAAAAUGCCAUAAAAAUGGCAGAUUUAUUCUUUGAAAAUGCCAAAAAUUUCUCAAAAUAUGUCAUCUUGAUGACAUUUCGGGAAAAUGUUGGCAUUUUUUUGGUGGUCAGAGCUGGUUGUGCUGGGAGGUUGUUGAGGCGGCGGCAGACGCCUACAUAUUUUUUUAUAUUAUUUUUCAUUUUUUAUUUUUUAUUUUUAAAUUUAUUUUGGUUUUUUACUUUUUACGAAGUAUUUUUUAUUAUUUUAAUAAUUUUUAUUCUAUUUAAUAAGGAGUAUAUUUUAUUUGAUAUUUUUUGUGUUUUUUUUUACAAUUUUAUUAUAAAUUAGUUAAUCAUACGGAAUAUUUCUUUUAUGUUUUAAUUAUUAAUUAAAGUUGUUGGGGCUUGGGUAAGGCUUAUGUUUUACUCAUAUUUGGAGAAUUCUCUCAAUCAUGAUUCAUGAACGCACUCUUGAAACUUUUGUAAUGGAGAAGAGUUUACGCACCAUAACAUUAGUUACUUUAAAAGAAAGAACGGAAAUAUGAUUACAAGGCUGUUGGAGGUAUUGGUCCUACCAAGGCCCCCCUUCCACUUUAUUUGCUGAGGCUUGCACCCUAUGUUUUACUCCCACUUUGGUACCUUUUACCUUGGUAUAUUAUGUGAUCAAUUAUAUACCUGUUGGGUCACUCAUUACCUGGCUUUGGCCCAUUUUGGUUGUCCGCUGCAGUACUCUUGUCUCACCGGUGAACUAUUGUUAUCUUUGUUUCACCCGUGACUCUUCACAAUAGGCUGGCAGCCUAUUAUAUGUAAUACUCGUUCUUCUUCCUUUGAGUUAAGCGUGCAGAACCUUUGAGAGCAGUGUCUUCCUUCUUCCUCCUUGCUUGAGAGUUCUUUUGUGGUUAGAAGAAGAGAGUAAAGAGAAUAGGUGUGCUAUAGCCUCCCCUAACGUGGUGUAUGUGAGUAUAGUGGAAUAGACCUGAGCAGGAGACGGAAUUGGAUCCUUACAGUGGUAUCAGAGAAAUGGUUGCAUGAAAAUCUUGAACAAUUCUCUUGUGUUGUUUAAAGCUGAGAAGGUGAGUAACCUUUAUGUGUGUCAUGCUAAACCUUUUGCUUUAAGGUUAUGGGAUAGGAACCAGGUAGGCUUUAAGGUGGUCAUUAGCAGAAAUGUGGUGUUUAAUGAAACUGAUUUUCCUUGCUUGACCGAGUAUGUUUCUAAUCCUGAGUCUAGGUCUGAUAGUACUCCUAGUGAGGUGGAGUCUGUCCCUGUUGCUGCUAGUCCUUUAUCUGUUGAUCCUGUCAUUGCUGUUGAUAUUGUUAUGCAUGAUUCUGAUUCCUCUGAGCAUGAUAGUCCCACCACCUCGAGUGAGGUGGAGCAUUUACAUGAUAUUGAGCAUGAUUUGCAUGAUAUGGGUGCUGAAUCUGAUUUUCAUGACAACAAUAAUUUGCAUGAGUUGCAUGUGGAGCCUAGUAGUGAUAAUUUGCAUGAUUAUCAACUUGCUAGAGAUAGGAGUAGAAGGGCUAUUAGGAGAACUGCUGAUAGUAUGCCUGAUUAUGCUUUCAUUGUGCAUGAUACUUCUAUGUUUGCAUUUUCUGUGUUUGAAUCCCUAGAGCUGAAUGAACCCAAGACCUACCGUGAAGCCUUAGGUUCCAAAGAGUCUCAGAAAUGGAUUAGUGCCAUGAAAAGUGAGAUGGACUCUUUGAGAGUGAACCAGACUUGGACCCUUGUACCUAGACCCCCCAACUGUUCGGUAGUUGAGUGUAAGUGUUUGUUUAAGGUUAAGGAAGAACCUAGUGAUGUUAGGUUUAAGGCUAGGUUGGUUGCGAAGGGGUUUACUCAAAAAGAGGGGGUAGAUUAUGCAGAAAUCUUUGUUCCUGUUGUUAAAUUCACCACUAUUCGUAUGAUGCUUGCUUUAGUUGCUCACCAUGACUGGGAAAUGAAACAAAUGGAUGUAACUACUGCAUUUUUGCAUGGUGAAUUGGACAAAAUAAUUUAUAUGACCCAGCCUGAGGGCUUUGUGGAUCCCAAGAGAGGUGAGCAUGUCUGUUUGCUUAGGAAGGCGUUAUAUGGCCUGAAGCAAUCCCCUAGGCAGUGGAACAUCAAAUUUGAUAAAUGCAUGAUAUCUUUGAAGUUCCAAAAAUCUGUUUGUGAUCAUUGCAUGUAUUUCAAAAAUACUUCUUCUGUGCCUGUAUUUUUGUUACUCUAUGUGGAUGACAUGCUGAUAAUAGUCCUUCUCUGAAUGCUAUUAAAGAUGUGCAAAAAUGUCUUUGUGCGAAUUUUGCCAUGAAAGACCUAGGUGAUGCCAAGAGGAUCCCAGACAUAAACAUUGUUAGGGAUAGGAGUAAGCGUACUCUUACUUUGAAUCAGAUUUCUUACAUAGAAAAAGUUUUGAGUAAAUUCAAUAUGUUAUCUGCUUCUCCUGUCAAUGUCCCUAUGACAUCUCACUUUGUGUUAAGCAAGGACCAGUCUCCCAAGUCUGCUCCUGAAAUUGAGAAAAUGAAAUCUGUUCCCUAUUCCAGCGCAAUAGGGUCGGUUAUGUAUCUUAUGGUUAGCAGUAGACCUGAUAUUGCAUAUGCGAUUAGUUGCUUGAGUAGAUAUAUGUCCAACCCUGGUUUGCCUCAUUGGAAUGCUCUUAAGUGGUUGCUUAGAUAUCUGAUAUCUACUUUGAAGCAUGGAUUAAUUUUCUCUAAAUGUGCUAGUGGUAUUGAAUUUAUUGGUUAUGUUGAUUCUAACUAUGCAAAUGAUAGAGAUAAGAGGAAGUCGACCACUUCUUAUGUUUUUACUUUGUGUGACUCUUGCAUAAGUUGGAAGUCUCAACUACAGCCUAUUGUGGCCCUUUCUACCACUGAAUCUGAGUAUGUUGCAGCCACAGAAGCGUUUAAGGAAGCCAUCUGGCUCAAACGCCUUGUCUCCGAAAUUGGGUUUCUCAAACAGGGAGUUACCAUUUUCUCAAAUUGGGUUUCUCAAACAGGGAUAGCCGAUUGGCUAUCCAACUUUGCAAAAAUCAUGUAUUUCAUGAUAGAACUAAGCAUAUUGAUGUUAGGUUCCAUUUCAUACGUGAUAUUGUUGAUGCAGGUGGAGUCAAGCUGUGCAAGAUCCCGUCCGAGUUUAAUACCGCGGAUAUGGGUACCAAGUGUCUUUCUGCUGAGAAGCACUUGUCCUGUAAACGCGUAUUAAACUUUGAUUGUGGAUAACUGUGGGUUGCCUAAUUAAGUGUUUGCCCGUUUUAUCUGUUGAUAUUCCGGGUGACCCGGCGAUGAUGAGUCUUGUCACAACCUUGUAUUGUUACUCUACACCACCUAGGACCAAUAAGGUUGAGAAUGUUGGAGGUAUUGGUCCUACCAAGGCAUCCCUUCCACUUUAUUUGCUGAGGUUUGCACCCUAUGUUUUACUCCCACUUUGGUACCUUUUACCUUGGUAUAUUAUGUGAUCAAUUAUAUACCUGCUGGGUCACUCAUUACCUGGCUUUGGCCCAUUUUGGUUGUCCGCUGCAGUACUCUUGUCUCACCCGUGAACUAUUGUUGUCUUUGUUUCACCCGUGACUCUUCACAAUAGGCUGGCAGCCUAUUAUAUGUAGUACUCGUUCUUCUUCCUUUGAGUUAAGCCUGUAGAACCUUUGAGAGCAGUGUCUUCCUUCUUCCUCCUUGCUUGAGAGUUUCUUUGUGGUUAGAAGAAGAGAGUAAAGAGAAUAGGUGUGCUAUAGCCUCCCCUAACGUGGUGUAUGUGAGUAUAGUGGAAUAGACCUGAGCCGGAGACAGAAUUGGAUCCUUACAAAGGCCAUAAGAAAUUUGACAAGAAUUCUUCUCAAAAAAAUAGAAACACAAUAGAAAAAUGAAUUGAAAACGUGUGUAAUCAGAAGUGACAUUUGAACGAGUUCGAUUCUCCUCUAAAUGGAACUGAAUGAAUUAAAAAAUUUAAUUCAUAGAAAGCGUAUAGAGCAGAAACGUUACAUCUUCAUAAGAGUGUUCACAAUCAAGCCCAAGUGGUAUUCAAAUUCCAGAAAUAGGAGUAAAAAAGUUUGAUAAUUUCAAAAUAGGAUUGCCAUGUUUUUAUUCCUAAAAUAGGAGUAAGUACUGCCAAAUUUGAAAAAUAUUGUCAUGUUUAAAGUCUGAUACUGUCAAAACAUGGUAGUAAUUAGUUCUAUUUUAGAAAUAAAAACAUGAUAGUCCUAUUUUGAAAUAUAUAUAUAUACAAACGUUUUUAAUCCUAUUUGAGUGGGACAGAUUUAUACCAAAGCACUAGAGCAGGGACACAUAACUUGAAGUCUUCAAUCCUAUUUGAGUGGGACAGAUUUAUACCAAAGCACUAGAGCAGGGACACAUAACUUGAAGUCUUCAACUAUCCACGAAUGCCAAGAGGAGUAGAUUUCCCCCAGCAAUCUGCAUUUCCUUGAUCUUGCUUGAACGUUAAAGCUGUUGAAAGCAAGAACAGCCCACCAAUUAACACUCAUUUCCCUUUACCUAAAGCAAGACGCUCUAAAGUCUAAAUCCCUGCGAAUAGUCCACCGAAACCAAUGAGGCUAGGCUGCCUUUGCACAGCAAGCAACAGGUGAUAUGAGCGCAUUCAAAUUAAUUCGGGAACACAAAAAUGCGCAUUUAUCUUCAAGAAUUAAUUUUAAUGUGUUCCCGAUUGAAUUUUUAGCUGAAAUUUGGUAUCAGUAAACUAGACUUGAUGAAUAAGAUGCUCAAAACAAUUCAUAAAAAAAUUCCACCCGGAACUGCCCCAAAUCACGACGGCCGGACAGAACCUCGUAUAGAAGGACUUAAUUGACCUUUUUAUGAAAGUUCGAGGACCUAUUUGCAGUUUUCCCUUAAUUAAUUGAUACUUUUCCAGGUAUAGGUUAAGCUAUGUGUACAUAUUAAAUUGCUAGUACGUAAUGCAUGAGAGCUUAAUCUCAAAAGCCUCAGAUUUACCAGUUUUUGAAAGUUCUACGGGCUAGACUUGUAUGUUAUGUAACCUAUACUAAGUUCUAUCCCUACUCCAAAAUACAAAUGCAUUAUAAAAAUAAUCUCAACUAGUUAAUAGUUUCAUUAAAAAAAAUCGAGAGUUAACGGUGUUAAAUUUCCUGUUUAGUUUUUUGAUGAAAUUGAUGUCAAUUCAAUAAUCCCUC